AUGAGUCAAAAGAUUCUCUAUGGUCUGGAAGAGCAUCUCUUAAUAGAUUGCAUAAAUGUCAAAUUGAAACAGAAUAAAUUUGAAGACUGUUUUGAUUUGCUCAAGAAUGGCUGUUUUGUUGAAUUGAAACGUGAAGCCUUGAGGCUUUGGGAUGCGGCCCAUUACAAGAAAGCAGAGUUCCUCAACAUGGACAAAGAAAAGUUGACUUCAUUGAAGAAAUACAGAAUAAGACAAAGGUUCCCACCCCCGAGAAAUAUCUGUCCCACUGGAGAAAGGCCAAGUCAAAGACUACCCCUAUCAUCUACAGAUAUACUGAGGUCAUGGGUGGUUGAACAUAGUCCUUAUCCUACAACCUUUGAAAAACAUGAACUGGCAAAAAAGGCCAAAAUCACAGUGAAACAGGUUUCAAGUUGGUGUCUAAAUUACAGAAAAAGAAAAAAGAAAAGAGGAACCGUUUCUUGUGAAAAUCUUCAGAACACAACAAAUCAAAACAAUGAAACAAGUGCACCUAAUGUGGCAUAUGGUGGUUUAAACAUGUGCAGAAAUGAAUAUGAGAAUAACAAGGAAAAGCAUCAAGCCAGGAAAUCUCCAACUAAACAGAAUCGUGUCCAGACAAUGAAUCCUGUCCAGACAAUGAAUUUUGGCCAGACAAAUAUUCAUGGCCAGACAUUAAAUCCGCAGACUGUAAACCAUCAAUGUAAAGUUGUAAAAUAUGUCACACUUGGAUCUAAUGUAAGAGAUGAUGCUGCAGUUGGUACCAAUGGUUACCAGACAGGAUUGCCACAUGGUUACCAGGAAACAAUGUCAGGCCUUAGUUACAAGACAAAGCAAUCAUCACAUAACAAACCUGUCAUAAGUCAUUCUCAUAGUUACCAAUCAGAAGCCACUUCCCUUAGUUUAGAGACAAGGGGGCCACCAAAUGUUUACCAGGCAACAGGCCCAUCACCUAGUUACCAGGCAACAGGGCCAACUUAUGAUUACUAUGCAACAGGUCCAUCACAGACUAGUUACCACACAGAUAAAUCAGCAUACAGUAACCAGGCAACAGAUGCAACAUACAGUCAGCAGGUUACGGAACAAUCAUAUGGUUACCAGGCCAAAAGAAAACGAUUAAAUAGUUGCCAGGUAGAACCACAAUGUACAUGUAGCAACUCAAUUAGUUCACCAUAUCUUAUGAUUCCAGUGCUAUACUCAAACCCAUCUUUCUUUCCCCAUAGUCCGAAUAUUUCACCAGACCAUGGACAAUUUAAUACAAACCAUGGCUCAUAUUUACCAAAAACAUAUGAUGGCAACAUCCACACUCAGGAUAACUCAAGUGCAGCUGUUUCACAAGAAAAUAUCAUUGCCAGAAAUGUUGAAAUGGACACUGUGCAAACUGUACUUGGUAACAAUGUACCUGCAGUGCACAAGAUGGAUUCCCAAUGUGUUUCAAGUGUUAAACAAAAACAAGCAUCAGAUACAGAUGCAACAGUACAGAACUCAGGGGUUGAAUCUAUACCUAGUAUCAUGCAUUUCCUCUCACCAUUCACAAAUAAUACAGGUACAUCGCUGAUUAACAAUACAAAUGCAUCACUGAUUAACAUUUCAGGUGAAUCACUGAUUAACAAUGCAGAUGAAUCAUUGAUUAACAAUACAGGUGAAUCACUGAUUAACAAUGCAGAUGAAUCACUGAUUAGCAAUACAGGUGAAUCACUGAUUAACAAUACAGGUGAAUCACUGAUUAACAAUAUAGAUGAAUCACUGAUUAACAUUUCAGGUGAAUCACUGAUUAACAAUGCAGAUGAAUCACUGAUUAACAAUGCAGAUGAAUCACCAACUUACAAUACAGAUGAAUCACUGAUUAACAUUUCAGGUGAAUCACUGAUUAACAAUGCAGAUGAAUCACUGAUUAACAAUACAGGUGAAUCACUGAUUAACAAUGCAGAUGAAUCACUGAUUAGCAAUACAGGUGAAUCACUGAUUAACAAUACAGGUGGAUCAUUGAUUAACAAUACAGGUGAAUCACUGAUUAACAAUACAGGUGAAUCACUGAUUAACAAUACAGAUGAAUCACUGAUUAACAAUGCAGAUGAAUCACUGAUUAACAAUACAGAUGAAUCACUGAUUAACAAUACAGGUGAAUCACUGAUUAACAAUACAGUAGAAUCACUGAUUAACAAUACAGAUGAAUCACUGAUUAACAAUACAGGUGAAUCUCUGGUAAACAGUAAAGGUGCAUCUCCUUCCAGUAACCAUGGUGACUGUAGGGAAGAGGUAGCAUAUGCUUUGUUACAGUUAUCUUAUGGCCUCUCUCAGGACAGUAACACAGCAUAA